GCCUGUUGCCCCCUGGGUACAACGGGCGUCCAGGGUGUUUGUCCUCUGCCCCUUGGGGUAUGGUUCUGUUAAAGGAGCUCGGUGUCCCUGGUGAGGGAGGCCGCCUAUCGCAGCGAGGAAUGAUGAAGGGCUCCGCAGUAUAGCGCGGCAGAGGCGGCCGGGACGGAGGGGGGCGAGCGUGCCAGCGCAGAGACACAGCGGGGGGGCCACGAGACGCUGAACCCCGCCGGUCUGUGAAGGUCAUGGUUAGGAAGAAUUCUGAAUACAAUGAUAAACACAGUAUGCAUGAAGAUGGCUCAGAUCUUAAGACCACAACUAAUAAAUGCUUCACUGAUUCCUCACGGGGUAAAAAUGCUGUCAGAUCCUGGAUCUAGGAUGAUCUCAACCCAUAAAUCCAAGAAGAAGAUCAAAGAAUAUUAUAGGCUGCUGAAUCUAGAUGAAGGAUGCUCUGCAGAUGACGUCAGGGAGUCUUUUCAUAAGCUGGCCAGGCAGUAUCAUCCAGACAGCGGCUCUAAUAAUGCUGAUUCUGCAACAUUUAUAAAGAUCGAAGAAGCUUAUCGGAAUGUGCUUUCCCACGUGAUAGAACAAAGACAGGCCAGACAGAAUAAAGCUGAAGACACGGAAGAAGAAGACAAAUUCAAGUACAGUACACCUCAGCACCGGCAUUACUUAAGCUUCGAAGGUGUUGGCUUUGGGACACCAAGUCAGCGAGAGAAACAGUACAGACAGUUUAGGGCGGACCGUGCAACGGAGCAGGUGAUGGAAUAUCAAAAACAGAAACUUCAGAGGGAACACUUUGCCAAUAGCAUAACUGUCAAAGAUGUAAGACAGAGCAAAGAACAAAAGAUAACUCAAGCCAUAGAACGCCUGGUGGAGGACCUCAUCCAGGAAUCGAUGGCCAGAGGAGACUUCGACAACCUCACCGGGAAAGGAAAACCUCUGAAGAAGUUUUCUGGCUGUUCAUAUAUUGAUCCCAUGACUCACAACUUAAACAGAAUAUUGAUAGAUAAUGGAUACCAACCAGAGUGGAUUCUGAUGCAGAAAGAAAUCAAGGAUACCAUUGAGCAACUUCGAGAAGGACUGUUAGUAUCUAGGAAGAAACUUGGGACCCCUCUGACACCCGAAGGGCAGAAACAGUGGAAGCACACCUGUGAACAGUUUCAGGACAACAUCCAAAAGCUAAACAAGCGAAUCAGUGAUUUCAACCUGAUUGUUCCCAUCCUCACCAGGCAGAAAGUCCAUUUUGAUGCCCAGAAGGAAGUGAUCAGAGUCCAGAAAAUGUACGAGGCCUUCAUAGACACGAAAGAAAACACAGGGGAAAAGCCAGCCGACGUUAGCCAGGAAGAAGAGAAAGUGCCCAGAGUCAAGACAGGCUUUCUAAACUGGUUGGCUUUGUGGAAAUUCAUUAAAAUUUGACUCUUGACAUUCACGGUCAUUCCUGCUCUGGUCAGUCUUGAGUUGCCCUGACAGCAGCUGUAGAACCUGAGAUUGAUUGUUGUACCCAGGGACCUGAGAGUUGUGUGCCUUUGUAGUGUUUACAGAACUAAUCACACCCUGGUGAUAGAUGAGAAAAUUGUAAGAAACCAGCUUGAGAGAAAAUUCAGUCAGCAUUGCUAUAAAUAAGGCUGUGGCGAGAACAAGGUCCUCCUUCUGAAGGGAAGGUUGAGCCACAGCAGCCUGCAGGUGAUGGGUAGGACAGACUCCGAUCCUCGACUGCUCGGGGCGCUCCUGGAGACUCAGUGCACUUUGAAGCUCUAGGAACUUAAAAGCCGUCGCUGUUGACAUUUCUAAACGUAGGUAUUUAAACAACAAAACCAAAAGAUGCAUUUUGAAACACAAAACUGAAGAAGUCGUAAUGAGACUUAACCAACUAAAGUCUCCAAAUGAAAUUUAAAAAUCUCAAGGAAAAAAAAGAAGGGAUGGAGAAACAGCGGGGGAGGUGGGCAAGGGUUAAGAGUGCUUAGUCCUUGCUGCUCUUGCAGAGAACCAGAGUUCAAUUCCCAGCACCCAUGUCAGGUUGCUCACAACUGCCUCGAACUCCAGCUUCAGGGAUUCAGUGUUCUCUUUGGCCUCUGUUGACACCUGCGUGUGUGUGUGCGUGUGUGUGUGCCUGUGCUUACACACAUAGAUAUACAUACACAUAAAUAUUAUUAAAUUAAAAAUCUCCAGAUGACAGAUAGUUUUUGCAGGUUUGCUACUGUAUAUUUCUGAGCUUUAGCUCCAGAUUGUUGAAAAGCUUUUGGAUCACCUGCUGGAUGGAGGAAAACUGAAGGUCAGGAAAUAGCCUGCUGGGACUCUUGUAUUUACUUCCCUGUGGGCACUAGACAAAGAAACAGCCAAGCAAGUACAGGAGCUAACUUAAGAUCCACUGGCUACAGAGGUUCAUCUUAAACUAGUUGAUUUAAAAGUUCUAAAAAUAGUUUCCAAUGCUAAAGAGUUUGAAUGUAUUUUUGUAACUUUUAGAGGGGGCAAUAAUCUUUAAGAUUAGCCGGGCAGUGGUAGUGCACACCUUUAAUCCCAGCACUUGGAAGGCAGAGGCAAGUGGAUCUCUGUGAGUUUGAGGCCACUCUGGGCUACAAAGUGAGUUCCAGAACAGAUUUUUACACAGAGAAAUCCUGUCUCAGAAAACAAAGAACUUAAGAGUUCACAUCUGGUUUGUUCUCUGGUCACAAGUUGAAAAGGUAAGUUUCCAUAAACUCUCCUUAAACCCCACGGUGUCCUAACACAGACUCCCUAGAGACUUUUCAGCAGCAUAAGAACCCAGAUUACUGUCUUGGGAACCCAACUUCCCAUUUUGGGGUCCCUUUGAUAAUGAGGUAUCUGAAGUUUGUUCCUUGGUGGCUUUGGCAAAUGAUGAGAAAGGAGUUGAUGAGAUUGUUGUUCUCUCCCUUGAGAACAUCUGGGGCUCUUGGGUUUGGCUAAUCACUUUGAGCACAGAGUUGGGUGCCUAGGAGGAAACCAAGGUGGGUGGAGAGGAACCAGUCCAUCUCCAGACAGCAGAGAGAUGGAAUUUGGAAGAACAGCUCCCGACGCUGAUUUGGGGCCAAACAAGUCAUUCUGGAAAGUUUAUGAUGAUUAAAACAACGAAACCUACAUCCUCAAAGGAAGUUGGGGCCCUUCUGCUUACCUGAGUCCUCAGAAGGACUUCAGGGUUCUUCUGCUUCCCUGCAUCCUCAGAAAGAAGUCAUGGCCUUUCUGCUUCAGUGAUCAGCCAUAGUUAGCAUGAUAAACAAUUUUUUCUUUUAUUGGAGUUUUUUGGCUUUUAAGGUUUUAUAUAUAUAUAUAUAUAUAUGAAAUUAUCCAACAACAUGAAAUCAUGAAAUAUAGUUUUGUGAUAGAGUAUGAUUCCAGAAUAUUUUAGAAGCCUAUUUUUCUGUGACUCAUGUUUAAAAAUGGGAAUUUGGAGUAAACAUGAAUGAAAUAAUUUUCAGUAUUGUACAUGAGAAGGUGAAGUUACCAGAAGACUAUUAAUUCUACUACCAUUCACUUUGUUUGCAAAUGUCUAUAUUAAUAAAAUUAUGUUAAUGAUU